CCUCCCUCCACGACUGCUCCUCCCCCUCCACGCAACACAACCAUUAGAACACCUCGCCGCCGCCGCCGAGGACCACGGCGACGAUGUGGCGUUCGAGAGCUCGUGCUCUUCUCCUCCUCCGCUCCUCCAUUCCCAGGUCGCCGACGCCGCCGUCACCACGACAUCCCACUCGAGCCCUAACCCGACUACCUCCUCCACGCCCUCUCUCUCGCUUCCUCUCCUCCUCCCCUGAUCUCCUCCCCGAUGCAUCCUCCUCCUCCUCGUAUCCCCUCCCGGACGACUCCGCCUCCUCGGCUGCCGGUGCCCCUGCUGAUGCCACCGAGGCCGGCGAGGACAACCUCAGCUCGAUGUGGGAGGAGGCUGGCGAUGCUGAUGACAUCUUCGCUCCCUCAGGCGUCACCAAUUCCGUAGCUGACGAGGAGGAGGUCGCACGCGUCCGCGCCAUCGUCGAGGGCACUCCUGAGGACCAGAUCGCCUCCACCCUCGCCGACAUGGUCGUGGACUUCAACGAGCCGCUCCUCGCCGCAGUCCUCCUCACUGCCGAGCAAUGCUCUUGUAAGAAACUAAUCCUCUUGUUCAACUACGCCGCGAAGAACAACCCCACGGCCAAGAGCCUCUCGAAUCUUGAGAUCCUCGUGAGCAAGGUCGCUGAUUCCGAUGAGGUUGACAAGAUGGACGCGUACUUGCUUUGGGAUUUGGUUAAGGAAAUUGGCACUGUGCCAGGAUCAGUGAGCACUCCGUUGUUGAAUGAAAUGAUUGCAAUAUUUUGGAAGCUCGAGAAGUCGAAGGCGGCGCUGGAGGUGUUUGCCAUGUUCGAUGAGCUUGGUUGUACUCCGGACAGCGACACCUAUUAUCUGGUGAUCGAAGCAGCUCGAAAGAAGUCCAUGUUCCGUUCUGCAUGGGAAGUUUGUGAGAAGAUGAUUGGCUCUGGCUGCUUCCCUAACGGUGAGAAGGUUGGCAAGACCUUGACUUUCCUUUGCGAGGGGAAGAAGGUGAAGGAGGCACAUUCAUUAUACCUAGCAGCGAAGGAGAAGAAUAUUCAGAUCCCAAAAUCGGCCUUGGAUUUCCUUGUUGGUGCUUUGGUGAGGAAUGAUGAGACCAUUGGUACUGCUCUGGAGCUGCUGGAAGAGUACCAAGGGGAUUCUCUAAAGCAUGCAGGAAAGUCCUUUGCCACGGUUAUACAUGCUUUGUGUAGGAGAAAUAAAGUAGAGGAUGCAAAUAAUUUGUUGACGAAGAUGGUGCUGCUCGAAGAGUACCAAGGGGAGUCUCUUAAGAAUGCAGGAAAGACCUUUGCCACAGUUAUCCAUGGUUUAUGUAGGAAAAAGAAAUUGGAGGAUGCAAAGACAUUGUUGAUGAGGAUGGUGAAUCUUGGCCCAGCUCCUGGUAAAGCAGUGUUUAAUUUUGUCAUCACAGCAUUGUCUAAAGAGGGAGAAAUGGAGGAUGCAAAAGGUUUGAUAAGAGUGAUGGAGAGCCAAGGGCUCAGUCCUGAUAUUUAUACUUACAGUGUACUCAUGAGUGGCUACACAAAAGGAGGAAUGGUUGAUGAAGCCCAUGCUCUACUUGGUGAGGCUAAGAAGAUUCAUCCGAAACUAAACAGGGUUACUUAUCACAUACUAAUUCGUGGAUACUGCAAGAUAGAGGAGUUUGGGAAGGCCAUUGAGUGCCUAAAGGAGAUGAGGAAAGAUGGCUUGCAGCCAAAUGCGGAUGAAUAUGACAAACUGAUUCAGUCAUUGUGUCUCAAGGCUACAGACUGGAGAACAGCUGAGAAACUCCUGGAGGAAAUGGAGGAUAGUGGUUUGUGCCUGAAGGGUAUAAGUCGCAGCCUCAUAGCUGCAGUCAAGGAGUUGGAAAGGGAGGAAAUGCAGUCAAAGGCAAGCCAGGAAGCAUAGUUCUUUAGGAUACACUUGGAGUGAUACGGCUGCUAAUUAAUUUUUGGGCAGCUCUUUCUUUUUUGUGCUCUGCAUCUCUGGAAUGAUCUCUUUGAAGAUAGAAAAUGUAAAAGUGUUGUCUCCGAGUCACGCUGAAAACAAUCAAGUUCUAUUGGUGGCUGCAAAUUUUCCUAACGAGAGUUGUCUCUGCCAAGACUACUAUGCAGUGAUUAGCAUCUAUAAGAUUGCAACCUAUUGGGAUUAAUUGCUAGGCCCCAAGCAGUAGCUGCUCCUGUACAAGGUCUGGAAUCCCUGGUACAAAGCCAUUGGUGCCUUCAGAUCAAACCACAAGUAGGACUAGUAAUUGCUUGCUCUCUCCCUCCUUGAUUCACCCGAGUCAAGGUUUUAAUUGUGCAUUGCGUUAAGUGAUUUAUCUGCCAACGGUACUGUC